GACGCGGCGGCGCGAGCCAAUAGGAGCGCGCCGAGGCUUCCGGCGGUUGGUCUGCAAGAAAACCACCUUCAAGACUGAUAUUCGGAAACAUAGUCAUAUAUAAUUGGAGGGGUUUUGAAUGCAGUCUGAGUCCAAGAAGUAUGAAGAAGAGACGCCUUCUCUGCACUGGGGGAUGGAUCCUGUAUUUUCUGCAUUUGCAAGACUCUAUAUUAAAGAUAUAAAAGAAAUGAGAGAAUCUAAACAGGUGCCAGGUAUAUUCUUUUAUAACGGACAUCCAGUAAGACAGGUGGAUGUUUUCGGGAUAGUGGUUCAAAUGAAAGAGCGAGAUGCCUUUUAUAAUUACGGAGUGGAUGAUAGUACUGGAGUUAUAAAUUGUGUCUGCUGGAAAAAUCCCAUGAUAGCAGAAACAUCUUUAUCAGGUCAUCCAAGCACACCCAGCAGUGUUACUGUGCUUGAACAGAUGAAGAAACUCCAAGAAAUGGUGAGCCAGAAAACCAAGCUGGAGAUUGGGGAUGUUGUCAGGGUCAGAGGUCACAUCCGAACCUACAGGCAACAAAGAGAAAUUCAGGCUUCAUGUUUUUAUAAAGUGGAUGAUCCUGUGUGUGAUGUUCAGAUUUCAAGAAUGCUGGAGCUCCCCUGUCUCUAUAGAGAAGUUUAUGAUAAACCUUUCCAAGGCCCUGAGGAGGGACAGAGUGACUUGGAGGGUCAGAAUUUCUCAAUCAAUAUGCUGCAUGAGAAAGUGAAAGGCUUUCUAUUAGAAAACAAAAUUCAGACCUUUUACCAACAGGAGUUGGAAACGAUUGAUACUCUAGUGCCGCUGGCUGGUGCGCAUCUACCCAGUCACAGCUGUCAGGAGGUGAAGUCAAAAAGUGACGCCAGUUCCAGAAGGAUUCACAGUGUUUUUAAGGAAGCAAUAAGGAUGCUACAAGAAAAAGGGCUGGUUUUCCAGAAACCUAGUAGCUCCAGGGACUUAUACCAUGUGACUGACCAUGAUAAGGAGCUGCUUAAAGUGACCCUUGAUGUGAUUAAAGAAGACUGUCGAAAACCCAGGCAUGCUGAAAAAGGCUGCCAUUUCCUUCAUGUCCUGAGUUGUGUUCGGCAGAGCUACAACCCCUCUCUGGCUGAAGUGGUGAUGCACCGUGUCUUGGAACUGCUGGAGAGUAACAGUGAUGUUGUCAGCACUAUGGAAGGAUAUUAUAUGGCAUUUUAAAGAGAGAAGAUGAUACAUUUGUUCUGGUCCAUUCAGGAUAAAGGAGAGAAGAAGGAGAGAUUGAGAGACCCUAAAAAGCUACUAUUACCUGGUAUGAUCUAGAUGGGGAAAAAGAGAGCAUUCUGAUUCUCCAAAUGCUGUUUUUGUCCAGCUUCAGAGAAGUUGUCCAAACACUUGUUUUAAUAUUCUUGCUGACUUCCUUGCUAUUCCUAGUGAAAGCUGUAUCAAACUGAUUCUGGACAUCCUAAUACAGCAGGGGAGUUGGAAAAGAAACUGGGUUCUUUCCCUGCAGUAAGAUGUGACAUGGCCAUCCUCACAUUUACAUCCAGUGAGCCCGAAAGAAAAGUCACUGCUAAAGAGUGCUGUUUACAGCAGUGGUCACGUCAGGACGUGUUUUUCUGGCUUAAAGACUGAUCUUGUGAUCUUUCCAUAUGGUAAUAGCUGUGGAUCUUUCUUUUUAUGUAUACCUUGUAAUAGCUAGAGAAAGCACAUGCAAGAAACCACCAAAAGAUUUAAGAUUUGGUUGUUCUUCCUGGCAGUGUUGGUGUACCCAUGUCUAUAAAUAUGUAUUCCUGAAUGUGCACAGCUUUCCCACUAUUAAAAGCAGUCCUCGCCUCUCUCUGAAAACAAAAAUUCGGGAAUGGGGUCCUGCAUCCCUUCCCCAUCCGGCAACCUUGCUCACUGCUUGUCAAGCAUGUCUAGAUUCCCCUGGCUACCGUGUGCACUACUGAUGCAUGUUGUUGUGGAUUCUGUUCAGAAUCCUCAAAAUCAGCCACUGUUUUGCUGUUUAUUUUUAAAUUGCUUCCUACAUCACAAAUGGUAAACCAUAAAUCAGAUGCUUUGGAAAAGAAAAUAUGAAAGCCAGCAAGACCCUCUGUA